CUGACGCUCGGCUGCGUGGUGGCCAAAGCAUCCUCAGAAACAGAGCAAACAGCGAAUCCUUUCAUUUUCCCUGUUUAUUUCAGUAUUUUCCUCGCAUAUGCUGUCCCAAAAACGUAGACGACGGAGCUGCGUUUCUCUCUUUACGUGCCAUGGCUAGAAAGACGGACACCCCCGCGUCCGAUUAUGGUGAACCACGCAAGUAUGACCCUAACUUCAGAGGGCCAAUCCAUAACAGGAGCUGCACGGACGUGGCCUGCUGUUUCAUAUUCAUCAUUGUCAUUAUUGGAUACAUCGCUUUGGGGACAGUGGCCUGGAGCUUUGGUGACCCCAGAAAGGUGGUUUAUCCGACAGACAGCAGGGGCCAGUUCUGUGGACAGAAGGGGAUACCCAAUUCAAACAAAACAAUAUUAUUCUACUUCAACAUUUUGAAAUGUGCCAAUCCUGCUGUUCUAAUUAACCUCCAGUGCCCUACAACUCAGCUCUGUGUCUCCAAGUGCCCAGACAGAUUCGCCAGAUUCCUGGACUCGCAGUCGGGUGCAAACUGGGAAUAUUACAAGCAGUUCUGCAAACCAGACUUUGUCCUUGGCAGUAAGCCAAAUUCAGAAGUAUUACGAGAUGAGGACUGUCCAUCCAUGAUUGUGCCAAGCAAACCUUUUCUUCAGCGGUGCUUCCCAGACUUCAACACCAGAAAUGGAAUUGUGACCGUAGCCAAUCAGACCGUCUUCAGGGAUGGGCUCAACAUUCUGAGAAAUAUCAGUGACCUCCAAGAUGCUGCAGUGGGUAUCAACAAUCUUCUGAAGGCCAAACAAGUUCUCACCAGGAUCAUUGAAGAUUAUGCAAAUACAUGGCACUGGAUUCUGAUUGGUCUGGUGAUCACCAUGGUGCUCAGUCUGCUCUUUAUUUUGCUUCUGCGCUACAUUGCCGGUGUGCUCCUAUGGCUUAUUAUCUUUGGUGUGGUGGGUGCCAUUGGUUAUGGUAUCUGGCAUUGUUACUGGGAGUAUAGCACCGUGAGCAAGACGCCAGGCUCUGAUAUGACCAUCUCUGAAAUUGGCUUCCAACAAGACUUUUCAGUUUACCUUAACCUCAGUCAAACUUGGCUUAUUUUCUUAUGCUUGCUUGCUGUAAUCGAGGGGAUCAUUGUGAUUGUGUUGAUAUUUCUGAGGAAAAGGAUAUGUAUUGCCAUAGCAUUACUAAAAGAGGCAAGUAGGGCCAUUGGAAACAUCAUGUCCACACUCUUUUACCCCCUCGUCACCUUUUUACUUGUGACCAUCUGCAUCGCCUACUGGGCUGUCACAGCAGUCUUCUUAGCAUCUUCAGGUGAAGCCAUCUACAAGGUCUCAUCACCAGAUGGCACAUGUAUGUAUGACAAUAGCACAUGUAACCCAACGAACUUUUCACAGAGCAACAUCUCCAAAGCGUGCCCAGGAUCACAGUGUAACUUUGCCUUCUAUGGAGGGGAGAGCUUGUACCAUAAGAACAUCCUAGUUUUUCAGUUCUGUAAUCUGUUUGCCUUUCUAUGGAUGGUCAACUUCACCAUCGCUCUGGGGCAGUGCACAUUGGCAGGCGCCUUUGCAUCAUAUUAUUGGGCUCUGAAAAAGCCAGAUGACAUCCCUCCAUGCCCACUGUUGUCGUCAUUCAGCAGGGCCAUACGUUUUCACACAGGAUCCCUUGCCUUUGGCUCCCUCAUCCUUGCCACAGUGCAAUUUAUCCGAAUUGUUCUGGAGGAUUUAGAUCAUAGGCUAAAAGGUGCACAGAACAAAUUUGCUAAGUACCUGCUUAAGUGUCUCAAAUGCUGUUUUUGGUGCUUGGAACAUUUCAUCAAGUUUUUAAAUCGAAAUGCAUACAUUAUGAUAGCAAUACAUGGAAAAAACUUUUGCACGUCAGCCAAGGAAGCGUUCUUCCUCCUGAUGAGGAAUAUUCUUAGGGUGGCAGUCUUGGAUAAAGUCACAGACUUCUUGCUUUUCUUGGGCAAACUGCUCAUUUCAGGAGGGGUUGGUGCUCUUGGAUUUUUUGUCUUCACACAUAGAAUACCAUACCUUCAGCAGCAUUUGCCAGUGCUGAACUACAUUUGGGUACCUGUUGUGACAAUUAUACUUGGAUCAUUCAUUGUUGCACAAGGCUUUUUCAAUGUUUAUUCCAUGUGUGUGGACACAUUGUUCCUCUGCUUUUUGUACGAUCUGGAGACAAACGAUGGCACGCCUGAACGACCCUACUACAUGGACAGCCCUCUGCGACGCAUCCUCAACAAGAAGAAUCUCAACAAGAAGAAUCUCAAACCGAGAAAGACGUCAGGAUGAAAGAAAGACUGACAGUGGAGGGAGAUGCAGUUUUUUUCCAAAAAAAAAAUUCACUCAGCAGCCUUUUUAUUCAUACACAAGCCUUUUGCACUAUGAAGACGUCAUUGUCCUCAUUUCAAAAUGUCUCAGUGAUUUCUUUUGUGAUUUCAUUUAUUGUAUUUAUUGUAUUUCUGUAAGUGAUUGUGUUUCUUUGCGUGUUUGUAAAUUUCCGACAUGAGCCAACAUCCUAUAUAGAAACUUAUAUUGUUGAGGUUUUGUUUUUUUAAUAGUUCUUGUAGUUGCCAGUUUUUGCCACAAGGUGAUGCCAGGUAUCAUCUAAAGUUCUUUUUAUUCUUUGUGGAUUUGAAGCAGUUUUGCUAUAGUUAACUAAUUGCUAAAUUGUCUCACGUUGAGAUAUAUAUUUUCCAUUUACUGACCAGUGUUUUCACUUUGAAGUUGUAAGGACAUAAUAGUAGAGCUGAACCAAGUGCUCUAUACUUAAGUGCCUAAUUUCUGAGGUUACCACUCAGCCUUUAAUUGUAUUGCAGCUCUCUGGUCAGGCCUUAAUACUUUCUGAAGAGGUUUCAAGGUGCUGAACUUGAUGUGUUUUUAUUAUAGUGUAAUAUGUGCCGUUAUUUGUUUCUGAAGUUACUCAGAUGAAAACUUUUUUUUUAAAUAACAGUUUGUAUUAGUAGUGCUGUUGGAUCAAAUCUUAAAAUAUCUUAAAGUUUAUAUAUUCUUCUGCAAAUGUUUCUAUACCAAAUAUUUAUUAUUACACAGUUUCUUUACAUGUAAUGUAUUACAGAUUCUUGUAUUUUGUUAUUUAUUAACAUUCCUUACAGUGCAGCUAUUCUUCUUUAAUAGAAUGUAAGAUUUAAAGAUGUAACUCAUCUUUUAAUCUAAGUAAUGUACAUUACAUUGUGUUAUUUGUAAAGUGGCAGUUCCCUGCUCGAUUGACCUGGUCGAAACAUGUGCAACAAAAUAAUUAAAAGCCAGUACUUAUCUGUCUGAUAUAACAUUAUACUGUUUAUGCUUUACCUACUUUCCCAGGUAAAGUUUUGAUUCUUACAAGAUGAUGAGAUAAGUCACAACAGUACCCCUGUGUUUUUACCGUUAGAUUCCUUUGGUCAACCACAGCCAACAAGUACACACAAGUAAAAGUACUCUUUGGUUACUGUGUGCGUCAGGCUGCCACCACAACAUUCAAGACACGCUCUGACGAUUCCAAUAGACAGAUUGAUGAGCUAAAGUGAUUUAUUUGGUCUUAUUUGAUGCUGCAAAAAUGUGUUUGUUUUGCCAAAGUACAUUUAUGUAACUAAUUUAACAUUUAUGUAUAUUGUUUACAAAGGCAGGCAC